GCUGUCCGGGACCUCUGGGGUCAACCACAAGGCCCAAGACAAACAACAACGUACCCCACUGAACUGGGCGCUGCACUGGUCUUUCUCACAUAGUCAUGGCUCUCAUUGGGAACCGUGAGGUGGUAUCAGAAGUCGGAGUCGCCGAUUUUGAGGGCAACACUGCUCUACAUAGGGCCGUCAUCUGCCCUGACAGCAUCGCCUUCGGGAUGGCUCGAUUGGUUAAUGGCCAGGAGCAGGCUGUCUUGAUUGCGACGAACAGCAUGUCCGAACCAGCCCUUCACGUCCCUGCAAGAUGGAAUGUUUCCGAAGCCAUCGAGCCGCUGAUCGAUGCGGGUGCCGACCUCGACAUACAUCGCAGCUGGGACGGCGCAACGCCAAUUCAUGUCGCCGUCCAGCACGGCUCUUACGAGUUUGUGAAUCGCUUGUGCUCUCUUAAUCUGCCCCUGCUCAAUGCCGUAGUGGCCGCAAACAACGAUGGCAACAAUGCUUUGCAUCUAGCAGCUGAACGAGGCGAUUCCAAAAUGCUCGAGGCAGUUCUGAGCCUGUACUCAAAGAUAGUCAUAGACGAAGGCCUUGGACCGGACGACGUCCAAGUGGCCGAAGCUAACAACAAGGGCGAGGCAGCUGCCGAGCUUGCCGCCGCUCACGGCCAUGUCGAUUUCACACUCCGCGUGCUGAAGGCUGGAAGGAGCGAGUCCGAGGCGGCCCGAUCCAGGCAUCGAAAGGCUGCUAUCACAAUUGCCCCUCAUCUUUACGACACUUCCGCUCCAGCUUGAUUACACGAGCAGAGAGUGAAAGAUUUGCUUUGGCGGGCGGCGGACUGGGGUGUGCUGGACGUUCUCAAGGCACUCCAGCAGCACGCUAGCCCAUCAUUGCUCCGAAAGCCAAUUGCCAUGGCUGCCGCGGCUGAAACAUUUGGACAUGGUCCAGUAUCUCGUUGAGGAAGGGGUCGAACCCUGCCCUCCUUUGAACCAUUCAGGCAGACACGCC